AGAAGCGGGAGGCAUGAAAUAGGCUUCCAUGGUCGUGUGAGACAUGUGCCCCGUGGACGUGCCCUGCGUGGGCGAGGCAACUUGGGGCGUGGGGGGAGAGGAGAGAGACAGCAGGCGCCUUGGACGGGGUUCGACGCAGCGUCACACGCACCGGGUCUGAGGUCCUUCCGAGGCAACCUUCGUACCGACCCCGAGCCGACGUCACGAGGCAGUCGAGCAGGGCGAGAUGGCAGGGACCCUCGACCGCGCCUGCAAGCUCCGACCUUCGCGAGGCAGGAGGUUGGAAGGCAUGGCUUCGAUGGCCUGCCGCAUGAAGGACGCUCGAGGGCAUGGGUGGGAGGAUCCCAAGCGUCCCCAGUCUAUAUCAGCGUCACAGAGGGGGGCGCUGGCAAGGCUGAUGCGACGUGUCGACGAGGCAGGCCCUCGCUUCCGCCGGGUGCCCCUCCUUCCUCGCGGUGCGCUCUUUGGGUGAUGAAUCAAGAGGGAAGAGGGUCAGAGGGAAUGACUCCGUGUCCAAGACGGGCCCGUGCAGCCUCCUUAGGGGGACUCGACAUGGUUCCAGAGUCAGGCAGAGACUCAGGGAGCGCCUUUGACCCCGGAUGGCCUUUUUGUGGCGCGCAUGAUAGUCCUCAUUUCUUCCUGCGUCCGUACAUUCCUCUGAUCUGGUCACUUCCAGGCACAGACACGAGCGCAAGAACCCUGCUGCCUGCGUCCGUUCCGACUCGAGUCCUAGGAGCGAGCAGCAGGGCCGGGCCUCUCCUCUUUUGGCCCUGCAUCGACCUCCUGGUCCACAGGCCCGCGUCCCGGUCGUCAUUAGCCUCGUUGGUGACGUCACACGUCGAGGGUUGAAGAUGCCUCGAAUAUUUCGGGACAACUCCCCCGCCAUACGUUGAAAAGGUGUCAGCGAGGCGCGCAGAUUCAGGGCAGGGGCGCCCUGCUGCUGGCAGGUUUGAAAUUAAACGGUCGCCUCCGCCCGAAACGGCAGGAGGCUGGGGAAGGGUAUGCCCGUCGACUUCGCACCGCACGCGGCAGAAAAGACGACACAUGCCAUAUCAAUGUGCAGGGCAAUGCACGAGGAAGACGAUGGCGUGGAUGAGGAAGGGGUGGGGGUGCUCACAGAGGGUGCAAUCGAGGGAAAAUCUGGGAAGAUCGAAUGUUUC